AUGAUCGAAGAUUGUCCUGCAGAUUAUCACAAUAACCGUGGGGCGUUGCUUAUCGGAGAUCCCUGGGUUCAAGACGUUGUCUACCAUGGACGUAAUCUGCAACAACUGCCAUACGCCAGAGAAGAAGUAGAGAUGAUUGGGCGAAUACUCAACACUGAACCUCUCACUGGAAUAAGGGCGACCAAAGAAGAAGUGCUGAAGCAGCUUUCUACGGUUGCUUUAGUGCACAUUGCAGCACAUGGACGAAUGGAAACUGGCGAAAUUGCCUUGGCUCCGAAUCCGACACGGGCAUCCCAGGUACCUGCAGAAGAAGAUUACCUCUUAACGAUGAAGGAAGUUUUGAACGCUGAUAUUCGAGCGAGGCUAGUCGUGCUUAGUUGCUGUCACAGUGGUCGUGGAGAGAUCAAAGCUGAGGGUGUGGUUGUCAUUGCACGCGCAUUUCUUGGUGCCGGUGCCCGUUCUGUUCUGGUUUCACUAUGGGCCGUCGAUGAUGAAGCCACUCUUAAGUUUAUGGAAAGUUUCUACCACCACCUAAUGCAGCAAAGGAGUGCAAGUGAAGCUUUAAAUCGUGCCAUGAGAUGUAUGAGGGAAUCGGAUGAGUUCCACGAGGUAAAAUAUUGGGCUCCAUUUGUUCUUAUUGGCGAUGACGUCACACUGGACCUCAUUGGGAACAAGGAGAUGCACUGA